AGUAAUCUUAUUAGUUCGAUUCUAAUUCUUACUAUGGGUCAUCAAUUUACAAAAAGACCCUCCGAUAAAGGGCACUUGUAUUAUUUCCUGUGAACUUUGAAUUGUGCACAGCAGCAGCCGGGGUCUCAAAUGAAUUGGGGGUUUCUCAAGAACGUAGAGUCAGCAACGUCUUUCUUUCCUCUCCCCUCUUCUCUGCAGGUUAACCUCAGAGCUACCGACGUCAGGCUCAUGCGCCAGUUGCUUGUAAUCAACGAGAGCAUUGAGGCCAUCAAGUGGAUGAUCGAGGAGAAGGCCACCAUCACCAGUCGGGGCAGCAGUCUCAGCGGCAGCCUGUGCAGCUUACUGGAGAGUCAGAGCACCUCCUUGCGCGGCAGCUGCAGCAGCCUGCAGGACGGCGGCAGCGACGGGCUGGACGGCAUCUCCGUGGGGAGCUAUCUGGACACCUUGGCGGACGACGUCCCGGGGCAUCAGACCCCGUCCGACUUGGACCAGCUCAGUGACAGUUCCGUGACAGAGGACUCUCAGGCUCCGCGCAAGCACCCCAAAUUGGAUCCCCAGUACUACUGCUUUGGCUGAUGACCCUGCUUUUGGCAUGGGACUGUUGUGCAAUUAACUUGUAUCUAUCCUUCUUCUCUGCUGCUAUAUUUUUGGUGUGUUUUUUUAAAAUAAGAAAACCUUUCUGAAGAAGCUUAUUUUUAAAUUGCUUCAUGGUCUUUCUUUUGCUCCCAAUAUUUCUCAUCUAGAUUGAUUUAUUUUUCUUCUAUCUCUAUUUAUUACAAUAUUUUUCUCCCUUUUACUGUAGCACAACAUAGGGAGAAAAGAAUAAGCAAUAAAUGUGUUUUUGCUUUUGUUUUCAGAGCAAGGGGUCAGGGAUUAUAAGAAAUACUUUGUUAAAUUUUACAAUAAACCAAAGUCUGAUAACUGUUAAAUUUAUUGCUUGUGUUUUUAAAUGAGUCAAGAUUUUAUUUCCAAAAUAUAACAAAAUAUAGCCGUAGCAGUAUAUUAGGUUGAAUAGAAUACUCAGAAUAAAACUAGCAUAAUUUCUUGCCUGAGUGUAUAAUCAGAGCUACUGUUAGUCAAAUACUUCUACGUGACCGUUGUUUGAAACCCCCCACUAUCUUCACUUUGCUCAACUAACCCUGCUACUGAUGCUGUAGCUUAGCACUACGUCAGCACCAAGUUUAACUCAAACCUUAGACUUUUUUAUUCGAUAACAUAUAUUAUUCUCCCAAAUUUCAAAGAAUAAUUCAGAUUAAUUGUAAAGAUGAUUAGAGGAAAAGAUGCCCUAAUUUUGAGAUUUUGUUGGCAUUUUCUUGUAUGAAUUUGCCAUUCUGAUAGGGCCUAUAAAUGCAUAGAUACGUACAUAUGUGUGGUGAAUGGCAAGAUUGAUUCAUAUAUAAAUAUAGAUAUAAUAGAGAAGCAGAAUCAUUAUUCAUUUAUGAAGUUCAGUAUAUUUUUUCAUCAUGGGAUAAACA